CAUUUUGACACGUGAAUUUGACGUUAGCGCGAUUCUGCGGAUUUUUGCAUUGAUUUCUGCAACGGUCGAUUUUCGAGGAUUGAUGGCAUUCAGGACACUCCAGAAACAUAUCCGGGUUGGGGCAGGUUUUAAUACACUGCUGAAGUCAUCUAGUGUUGUGCCCUUUUCGCCACAGAAUCAAUCAAAUAGAUGUAGGUUAGGUGGAACAUGGAGAUUCAGCCGGUGUUUCAGUGAUUCCUUGGACAAUUUCCAUGAGAAUCUGGAGAAAAUUCGUCAGGACGCAGUGACAAAUCACAGGAUUGGGAUAAGUACCUUCCAGGAUGUUGUCACUGGACUGUCGGACCACCAGACAAGCCGGGAGAAUGUGCUGUUCCUCUUAAAAUGCUGUGGACCGUUCUUUCCGGACUUGAAUCACCAGGAACGUGCUGAGUUUGUCAACAAGAUUUGGGAAUUCAUGAACCAGUCAACGACACCUUCCCCUGAUGACUAUAUUACUCUCCUGCAAGUGAUGAGAAGGAAUAGACAGUGUAUCCUGAAUUAUAAGGCUUUCCUCAAGGAACUGAGGAUUCCAGCCACGGCAGAAAUUUACGAGGAACUCCUCUACCUGGCAGCUGAAUGCAAUCUAAUAGAACAAGUAUUCCGGAUACUGGCAGAGAUGAAGGAAAAAGAAUUUCCUGCCACAGAGAAUGUGUUUAAUGCCCUGAUAUUGGCUCAUUCCCGGAACAGGGAUCUGAAGAAUGUUGAAUUGGUUCUUGAAACAAUGGCAGCUGCUAAUGUGGAGCAGAGUCCAUCUACAAUCACUGAACUCAUCAAGGCGUAUGUGGAAAAUGGGACCCUGGACAGAGCGGCAGGAGUUCUGGCGAAAGAUGGGAUAUUCUUGAGCCCUGACCAGGUUAUGGUCAUUGUGAGAGCAGCCCUAAAUAACAAUGUGGAUCAGUCGCUCGUGGCUGCAAUUCUAAAAUACCUCCCUGAGGAUAUUUUUCAGAAGAGAGGCAUCCACUCAAUCCUCCGGAAUCUGCUCACGGAGCUCGUAUUUGAGGGAAAGUGGAACAAAGCUCUGGAAGUUCUGAAUUCCCUGCCGAAGCCUAUCUUCCAUUCGCAUGAGGAUCUCGAUGGAUAUGCUACUUUCCUCAUAAAUGACAUGAUCAAGAAGGAUUGCUCUGCUGAGGAUAUCAUUGCUGUCUGCGCGGAUCUGAAGGAAUCCGAAAGGAAUAUCCGAUCACUCCAUGUGGCCAUUGAAAUUGCCCACAGAAGAGCAUCUCCAGUGGCACUGCAGUUACUCGAGGAAUUGUCUCACAGUGAAGAGCUCAAGCCUCAUUUCUUCUGGCCACUGAUCAUCAGGGGCUUUGAGAAUGGAGGAGAGCAGGGAAUUCUCAAUGUUCUCUCUCAAAUGUCCAAAUUGGGAGUGAAUCCAGACUCUGACACUCUCAAUUUGUACAUUCUCCCUCGGCUGACAAUCAUCCUCAAAAGCCCCGGGAAAGCGGUAAAAAUCCUCGAGGAUUGUGGCGUAAAAAUGUCCCAACUUCUCACUCCGCUUGCUUCCCAUCUUCUGAUCCAGAAGAGAUUCGAAGAGACCUUUGACAUUGUCAAAACAUACCAGGCAAAGAUCAAUUGUGAAGCCCUCGUGUCCCCUCUUGUUACAACUCAUGCCCAUUGCACCAGAACUUCCUUAUUAGGGAAGAUUGUGGCUCUUUUCAGCUCCCGGAGUGAUGCCCCUUUUGACAUUGGAGGAAAAUUCCUCAUGGAACUCGUGACAAAUCGCUCAAAUCAAUCAUCGUACGAGAAUCUAGGCAAACUCAUCAAGGAGUUCUUCCUGUGUGGUGUAAAAAUAUCACAAAUGGCCAGAGAUGUCGUGGAACAGGCAGUGGAAAAGUGUCUGGACAAGGAACUUGCCGGAACAAUCAAAAAAGACCUCCGGAGGAUUGUGGAUAGGGAAAUGGAUAGUUCCACGAGAGAAAAUAUUGGUCAGCAUAUCAGUCAUCCUCGUGAUAUGACCCUGGAGGAAUUGGAGUGUCAUCUGGUGGAGCUGGAGGCGAAAAAACUCAAUACACGCGGAGUUCUGCGACGUUUGCUGCAGCUCAAUGUUCAGCGGAAUAAAUUGGAUCGGGCAAUUGAGGUUAAGAAGCUCUGUGAUAAGAAGAAAGUUGAUCUGAGCCCAGGAAUGUUGGCCAGUAUCUUUGAUUUGCACGUGAAGACCAAGAAUGUCAAAGAAGCAGAGUGGACGUGGCUGGAACUGAAGAAACGAUACCCCGGAUUUGCCGUGGAUGAGCACAAAGUGAUCGAUUUUGCCAGUCUUCUCGUUGAAAAAGGACUCCUAAAUGAGGCCAAGAAAGUCCUAACAAUGCGUGCCACAACGAAAAUCCGAGGAGGCAGCAAUAGCCUAAAAAAUGCCUGGAAUCUCUUGAGCAAAGUUGCACAGCACUCAGCAGAAGCUGGAACCCCAGAAGGAGAGACAAGAGGAUUCCUACGAUUUCUGGUAGAUCUAAAAUACUGUGACUACCACAAUACCCUCCUUGGACCCGUUGUCCGGGAAUUUAUCUGCCGGAAAGAUCUCCCGAAAGCCAUUGAAGAGUUCAAGGAGAUUGCCAAUCGAUUCCGGAAGACGCCACUGAAAUUAGAACUAAUGACACUCAUCCUGGAAGUCAGCAAUGCCAAGCAUGAUCCCGCCGGAUUUGGCACGACUCAAGAUGAUCUUCCGCGAAUGAUGGAGGACGUGAUGGCAGCUGUAGCCAAAGUCCAUGGUUCACCCAAUGCCCAGAUGACGCUAAUCUUUGCCCUGGCUGAAGGGGGUACUGACAGUCAACUGCGAAAACUCCUAAUUGACCCGCAAAUUCGAAUCAAUCAGGAACUAUUCCAGAAGCAAUGUGACUACCUCAGCAAUGCCCAGAAAGUUGAACCUCUUGUCCGGUUAGCCAGGUGCACCAGGGGCUUGGGAUACCUAAUUAAAGAGCAGGAUAUGUACAUCAUGCUACUAAACUCUUUUGUGCGAGACAACAACCACGAAGCCGCUCUUGUACUUUUUGACAGAAUCUGCGAGGACGAUGAACUGAAACUAGGCCGAGAAUUUGUAGAGACACUCACGGAUUUGCUGGCCAGAAACAACAUUGAAAUCCCCACGCGACUGGCUAUCCACGCCAAAGUCCGCAACUAGUCACAGCCCAAUCCUCCCUCUUAGAGUAUUUCAUGUAGAAUAAACAUUUAUUAAAAAGUCAA